AUGGAGGUUGCUAACGUGAGCCUCACCAGAACCCAGGCUGGCUCUGACGAGGAGAGCCCAGUCCUGCAGUCUGCUAUAAAUGAAGACGACCUUUUUUGCAGCAGUAGUUGGGUGAAUAUCCAGAAGCCCAGAGGAGUCCUGGAGGUCAGCCCAUCUCCAGCUGGUUUAAUGCCCCGGGCCGGGGAGGCGGCAGAGCUGCAGCCUCGGCCGCCGGCGGGGGGCCAGGGGCAGCCCCGCACGGCCCCUUCUCCGCCUCCGUCCAACACCUGCGGGGGGAGAGGGAUGCCGGGGGGCGGCCGCCCCCCUCCGCCGGAGAGAGAGCUGGUCCCGGAGCCGCCCCGGCGAGGAGGAGGAGGAGAAGGAGAGAAAGGAGCAGGAGGGAAGUGGGGAAGUUGUGCCAUGCCCGCCCCGCCGAGAGCCGGAGCCGUGGGCCCCGCCGGGGGGGCGCGGGUCGCCCCCUCGUUGCUGCUCUCGCUGCUGCUGGGAGCCUCGGCCCCGCUCUGGCUGCGGGCGGAGAAGCUGGCGGGGAGAGAAGGCUCCGGCGGGUCGCGGGCGGGAGGCGGGGAGCGGCGCUGCCGCCCGGGUCGCGCUGCCGCCCGGGUCGCGGUUCAUCAGCCCCGGGCGCGGCGGCCGGUCCUCGGUCCCCGGUCCACCUCCUCUGCUCCGGCCGGGACCGGCAGCCCCUUGUCCCACCACGGCCCGGUACAGGCAGGUCUCUGCUCGCCCUACUGCCUGGCUGAAAAACACCUUUACUUCUGCCGGGACAAAGUUUCGUCGGGGUUUCGAGGGGACCUCGCAAGUCCUUUUGUGAUGACGGCGGUUUGCUGCUCCUCAGAAGUCUCUCCACCAAGGAAAGGCUCCGGAGCUGAGCUGCGCUCCUACCCAGUGCCACGAAAUCGCGCUUCGGGGGCGCCUACCCUCACCCCUCGAGCAAGGAGGCAGCAGCGCUCACAUCUCUGGCCGUGCUACCGUGAAGUAGCCUGCGUACCGCGAACGAUGCGCAUCCCGCUUCUGAAGCCCCUCUUGAGUCUUUGCCUUAUCCCCUGUGCUUUUUGUAUUCUGCGAGCGGCACAAGAAAACCAACAGGGAAGGGAUGGAUGUGGGCACACGGUGAUGUAUCAAGACAGCGGGACCCUGGCAUCCAAGAACUAUCCUGGGACAUACCCAAACUACACUCUUUGUGAGAAGAAAAUCCAAGUGCCUCCGGGAAAACGCCUGAUCUUAAAGAUUGGAGACCUGGAUAUCGAAUCACAGAAAUGCGAAUCCAGCUACCUUACCAUCCAGAGCUCCUCAGCGUUGCACGGGCCAUACUGUGGUAACGUGAUGCCCGUCCCCAAAGAAAUCAUUCUGGAUAGCAAUGAAGCGACUAUUCACUUUGAGAGUGGAUCCCACGUGUCAGGACGAGGUUUUCUGUUGUCCUAUGCCAGCAGUGAUCAUCCAGAUCUAAUCACAUGUUUGGAACGAGCAAACCACUACACAAAGGCUGAAUACAGCAGAUACUGUCCUGCUGGCUGCAGAGACAUAGCAGGCGACAUCUCUGGGAAUGUCGGAGAGGGAUACAGAGAUACCUCGCUGCUGUGCAAGUCGGCGAUACAUGCAGGCGUUAUCGCGGACGAGCUGGGCGGUCAGAUCAGCGUCACCCAGCAGAAGGGCAUCAGCCGCUACGAAGGCGUCGUGGCCAACGGCGUCCCCUCGCACGACGGUUCGCUGUCAGAUAAGCGGUUUAUAUUUACUUCAAAUGGCUGCAACAAAUCUCUCAGUCUGGAAGAGGGAUUCCUCUCCAAGAGCCAGGUUACCGCAUCUUCCUACUGGGAGGAGACCAACGAAUUUGGGCAAGUAUUCCAGUGGUCUCCCGACAAGGCUUGGCUUCAAGUCCCAGGAUUGGCUUGGGCCUCUAACCACAGCAGCAAUCGUGAAUGGUUGGAGAUAGACCUGGGAGAGAAGAAGAGAAUAACAGGGAUUAAGACCACUGGUUCUGGAUCCACGGUGAUGAAUUUCAACUUUUACGUGAAGACAUUUACGAUGAACUACAAAAAUAACAACUCGAAAUGGAGAACUUACAAAGGGAUUCUGAGCAAUGAAGAAAAGGUAUUCCAAGGGAACUCCAACUCCGGUGACAUAGUACGCAAUAACUUCAUCCCUCCGAUAGUGGCCCGCUAUGUGCGAAUUAUCCCUCAAACUUGGAACCAAAGAAUAGCACUGAAGCUUGAGCUGAUGGGUUGUCGAAUAAUGCAAGCUAAUAGUUCAUUUACGCAUUCAAUGUGGCAGAAACCGAGUCAGAGCACGGAAACCUCCCUUGGAAAGGAAGACAGGACUGUUACGGAGCCCAUCCCAUCGGAAGAAACUAACUUGGGCUUAACGCUUACAGCUAUAAUUGUCCCCAUCUUCAUCGUGCUGUGUCUGUUCCUGUUCUCUGGAAUUUGUAUCUGUGCAGCCCUACGCAAGCGAGAAGCCAAAGGACUUUCUUAUGGAUUAUCCAGUGCUCAGAAAUCAGGUUGUUGGAAACAAAUCAAGCAGCCCUUCACCAGACAUCAGUCAACUGAAUUUACCAUCAGCUAUAAUAAUGAGAAGGAGACACCUCAAAAACUAGAUCUGGUCACCAGUGACAUGGCAGAUUAUCAGCAGCCUCUCAUGAUCGGGACUGGGACGGUAACACGGAAAGGAUCUACUUUUCGACCCAUGGACACCAAAGACGAGGGAAGAAGGGGGAGUUCAGAGUUCGAAAACCACUACCACUGUCCGCACAGAGCUAACCGGCACGAAUACGCUCUGCCCCUGACCAGCCAAGAGCCCGAAUAUGCCACCCCCAUCAUAGAGCGGCACGUAACAAGAGAAAACAAUUUCCCCUCUGAAAACGGCUACAACGUACCUGUCCUCUCAUCUCAGAAACACUCCCUUUCUGCCGGCAGCUUCUCUAGUUCAUGUAAGACCGAUAACAGGAACGGAGACUAUCAGACACCCCAGAGUGUCAUAAACUACGACAAACCCAAAGUUAACGGUGUUCUGACCUCCGUGAGCUACAGCACGGACUACCAGAAACCUCAGCCCAACGCCCUCGGGAGCGAGGGUUACUCAACGCCCAGAGACUGCCUAAAACCGAUAAGCCAGACAGCAAUGACAGCUCUCUUGUGAUCUGCCGAGCAGGAGAGACGCGGUGCGCGGGAACGUCGCUGCACAGCUUUCUGAAGCGAAAACAGAGUUUGGAGGGACUCCGCUGCGGGAGGCAGAAGGCAAACAAGCCCUGUGUACAUAAUAUUGCAGUCUUGCUGGGUUCUGACAUCUGAAGAAAGCAUAUGCUGUUUAUCGCUGUUUAUAGCAAGAGAGAUGUUAUCAGUGAAGACUGUACAUCUUAUUUUCUGUAACUGAUCUCAGUGCUCCAUUUGCAACGUGUGCAAUUUGUACAUAGCUUUUAUUUAAGGAGAAUUUCUUAAGUUUCCUUUUCACCUGGGGGAUUGAAAGGA